AUGUGCCCGUGCCCCCUGCACCGCGGCCGCGGCCCCCCGGCCGUGUGCGCCUGCAGCGCGGGCCGCCUGGGUCUGCGCUCGUCCGCCGCGCAGCUCACGGCCGCCCGGCUCAAGGCGCUCGGCGACGAGCUGCACCAGCGCACCAUGUGGCGGCGCCGCGCGCGGAGCCGGAGGGCGCCGGCGCCCGGCGCGCUCCCCACCUACUGGCCCUGGCUGUGCGCGGCCGCGCAGGUGGCGGCGCUGGCGGCCUGGCUGCUCGGCAGGCGGAACUUGUAGGAACGCGGGGCUUCUUGGUGGGGCCGGAGCCGAGACCCAGCCGGAGCGAGCAACAGGUUGGUGAAAACCCUGUGUCCUUGGAGAAAGCUGGUUCCCGUUUUCCUGAGGGGGAGCCCAGAGCUUGAAAGGCCGCGGUUGGCACUUCGAGAAGGAAGUGGAGGAUAAAGACAGCACCUGGAGCAAUAGCAGAAACAUAGAACGGGACUGGGGAAGCCCUUUGGAUAUCCAGCUGCAGAAACAGACACCCCAAUGCUAUUUACAUACAGCUCUAUAUAUAAAAAAGAAAAUAUGAAUAUUACUACUCAGUGCAUGCCUUGUCGAGGACGUGUCCCUCCCUUUUCUGCACCUUCCGAUGUGAACUUUGACACCCUUUCAUGUCUGGGGCACUGGAAGACAGAUGCCUGCUGUGUACCUAGAAAAUCUGCAAAAACUGGUGGGAGUAAGUCUCAGAGUCGACCAGCCGCCUGGGGAGGGAUGCUGGUGGGGUGAGAGGUGAAAUCGCAAAAGGCAAAAUAGACAAAAAUAAAGGGAGGAGGACUUGAGGCCAAUUUCUAAGGGCGGUCUGGGCGAUCUCCAUUUCUGAAAGUCUUGACGAGUCUGCCCCCCUCUCUGUACUGACCUAUCUAGCUAGCUAGUCCCACUGCCUCAUCAAGACAAAUGGGAUUUUUUUUCUUACCGAUCUGGUGUCUCUGGUGCUUCACUUAAAUUUUGCUGGUGCUAAGUGUGUUCUUGCUGGUGCUGCCAGGGAUUUGUGUUGCCAGACCUGGCAGGCCAGGGGACAAGAGAGAUUUCUAUUUUGCUGUUUUGGAUUUUUUUUUAAGGGAUGAGUUGCAAAAGUGCCACUUGAGAGUCUCUUUCUCUGUGUGGGGACAAAUAUCCAGAGGUGUUUGGGAGCAAACUGUGGCGCCUGGGAGGGAGCUGAGGAGGACAUGACAUUAAGUGGCUUUCUGGUUAUAAGGUAGAAAGCUGACCUUACGUGUGACUUGUUUGCUAUCUCCUCCACCCCCGCAAAAGUACCCUGGGAGUUCAGCCCACAGCCUCCCUUUCUCCCUGUGGGGAUUUCAGGGCUUAGGUUUUAUAGAUUAAAGAGCCAAGAAACGGCUCUCUUCUUCUGGUCAAGGGUGACUUACAAGCAAGGGAUGUUAGGGGCGGGAUGGGUCAUUUAAAUGAAAUGCACCAGCAUCUCACUGACUGACAAGAAGGUCUGUUUUUUUUUUUUUUUUCCCCAGGAUAAGCUACUAUUUUCAGAAGUUUCUAGAAGGGCUAAAAGAAAAUGUGUGCUGAACUGAGACUUGGCUGCAAAGACUCUUCAGGGAGCAAUGAUUAUUUUUUUGGCUUUCAUUUAAGGAAAAAAACCCAACAAAACAGGUAUUAGUCCUCUGUGCAGGGUUAGCUGAGAUGGUGAGGUGCCAGGGUGCAGAUUCAGACAGUCGUUGUCCAUGGCUGGAUUUGCAGGUCGCUGCCCUGUACUGACGAACAGGGGGUGGACCGGGCUGGUUAACAGAUGCCCUUCCAGUUCUCAGAGGCCAACAGAGGGAUCAGCCAUUGUUAAAGUUGACACAGAGCUGAAAUGGGAAUUAUCCCCAUAGGCUUUGCUGAAAAUUACCAGGUCUUUUAGAACAUAGGACCUUUCAAUGCUGCUGCAAGCUGGGAGCUGUCUUUCUUGCUUUUUU